AUGAGCAAUUUAAUUUUGACAAUGUUUAUCGUUAAUCAAAUUACAAUCAUUGAAGGAUCAGUUGAACCAGCUGCUUCACCAGGUACACUCAGAUUAUACAGCAUGAGAUUUUGUCCCUAUGGACAAAGAGCUGUUAUAUAUGCGGCCAAGAAGCGAUUACCAGUUGAGAUUAUUAACGUGAAUCCGGAUAAUGGUCCAGAUUGGUUUCUUAAAAAAAGUCCUCUCGGUAGAGUUCCAGCAUUUGAAAGAGACGGACGAGUUUGCAUUUUUCCUUUGAUUCAAAUGACAAUUUAUGAAUCGCCCAUAGUUGUCGAAUAUUUGGACGAUAUUUUCCCAGAGACAUCCGUUCUUCCUAGAGAUCCUUUUGCUAAAGCUGAGCAAAAGAUUCUUCUUGAACGGCUUUCACCACUAAUAUCGACGUUAUUUGAAUUUUUACGAUCUAAAAAUGCUUCGGAUCAACGCGAAGCAGAUGAAUCGCUCAAUAAAGCUCUCCGAAAUGCCGAAUUAUUAUUAGCCAACAAUUACUAUGGAGGGAAUGGAAUGGGUUAUGUGGAUAUAAUGAUAUGGCCAUUCUUCGAACGGCUUCAGUUAUUUACUAUGAAUCCACUCUCAGAAUUCAGGUAUUUCCCUGGUCAAAAAUAUCCCAAAAUGGGUGCAUAUAUGGCUCGCAUGCAACAACAACCUGAGGCACGUUUUUUUAUUUUAUAG